CUGGCGCCGGCCCUGGCUCCGCCCGCGCUUGCCCGGGGGUCCUCGGCCUCGGAGUUCUGGGCCCGCCGCGCAGUUGUUUGUCAGGAAGCAAGGGCAACUUUCGUGAGGGUGUGGAAGAGCAAAGAGAAAAAAAGGACUGGUCCAUGGUCACAGGGUAAUGACCCUCGUGGCCCAAGCACUUUCUACCAAAAGAAUUGUGGGGAGGACAAGGGUACCCCUUUCUUCUAACAAAUGGAGAGAUAGAUCAGAGGAGAGCUGUUGACAUAUGAGGAAGCUUAAAGGAGAGCAGUGAGAAGGAGGAAGGAAGGGGCUGCGGGGUGAAUUCCCACACAUUGCACAACACACAGUUCCCUGUGGUGCCAGGACCGGUCUCUAGUACUGUGCCCUGCAGAAGUCCCUAGUACUGUGCCCUGCAGAAGUGCACCAUGGAGCUCUGGAAGAGCCUUGCGGCCCGUCUUCAUCCCUCUUCUCCCUCCCAGAGCCCAACUGCUGUCACUUCAUGCUCUGCCAAGGAGGAGGGAACUGCCAUGACAGCGGGAGUAACUGAGUGGGAGGCAAGGCUAGGACAGAGGUGUGGAGAGGAGAGGGAGGUGCAGUGGCCAGGUAGCAGGGAGACCCAGAAGGAGCGGUGGAGCAGGGUGAAGUUUGGGAAAACCGGAGGCAGAGUGGAAACCAAAGGUAGCAGAAAAGGGGCGGAAGGCAGGGGUAUUUGUGGGUGGUGGGACAUACAGUCAUGCUGGGAGCGAAACGACCCUGGCUACCGCGUCCCCUACACAGCCUGUGGCUGCCCUUGGCCCUGGUGCUUCUGGCAGUGAGGGUGGGGUGGGCCCAGGAGGGAUCAGAGCCUGUCCUGCUGGAAGGCGAAUGCCUGGUGGUCUGUGAGCCUGGCCGAGCUGCUGCAGGAGGUCCCGGGGGCGCAGCUCUGGGAGAAGCACCCCCAGGAAGAGUGGCAUUUGCUGCAGUCCGGAGCCACCAUCAUGAGCCAGCAGGGGAGAUGGGCAAUGGCACUGGUGGGGCCAUCUACUUCGAUCAGGUCCUGGUGAAUGAGGGUGGUGGCUUUGACCGGGCCUCAGGUUCCUUUGUGGCUCCUGUCCGGGGAGUCUACAGCUUCCGAUUCCAUGUGGUGAAGGUGUACAACCGCCAGACCGUCCAGGUAAGCCUGAUGCUGAACACAUGGCCUGUCGUCUCAGCCUUUGCCAAUGACCCUGAUGUGACCCGGGAGGCAGCUACCAGCUCUGUGCUACUUCCCCUAGACCCUGGGGACCGCGUGUCCCUGCGCCUCCGUCGGGGGAAUCUUCUGGGUGGCUGGAAAUACUCAAGCUUCUCUGGCUUCCUCAUCUUCCCACUCUGAAGGCCCAGGCCUUUCAAAGACAGAAAUCACCCCACUACUGCUUUACCCUCCCUGCCCCCAAGACAGCAUCCUUGGGGCAAGGGAAAUCUGCAGGUUUGCUUGUAUCCCACCUUCUUGCAUGAAAUCCUGUGUCAAACACGAAGAUUAGAAGAGAAAGAAGAGAAAGAAGAGAGGAGAGGAAAGGAGAGGAGAGGAGAGGAGAGGAGAGGAGAGGAGAAAGAAGAGAAGGAGAAAGAGAAGAGGAGGCAUCCGUUGACUGCCCCUUCUCAUCCCACUGCUAUGCACAGGUCCCCUCCCACCGCAUUUCUUUGCUGCUGCGCUAGGCCCAGGACAAGGUUAGACAGGGAGGUCUACAGCACUACAUUUCGUUCUCUUCUUCUCCUGCUCCUCCAUCCCAGCUUCCUAAUCAGUGCUAUUUGGGGACAGGUGGACAGGCUCCCACAGGGGCCCAGAUGGAUUAGCAUCAGAGUACCCUGCAGGUCCUUCCUGUGAGCAGUGCCAGCACUGUGGAUCUCAGCCCACAUUACCGUAUGGUUGGUGCAGGAGGCUCAGCCUCAAGAGGAAGUAUAGGUAGGAGCCUGUGACUGGUGAGGCAGCAAGGGCGCAUGUGCUUAGACUGAACCUGCUGCAUAUUCUACAUGACAUAAAAUAUGGCAAAUGUUUAAAUUUUUUUAAAAAUUUAUUAUAGUAAAAGACACGUUAUUAAUGUCUCUCAAAAAACCACCCCACACAUACACAGAGACUACAAACACAGUCCAUCAUUCUUGCCUCUUUCUGAAGCAAUUCUGGGCAUCCUCUUUAGUGAACAUCCUUAGUUGCACUGUCAUAGCUCGUGUGAUGUCCUGAAUAAUUGAUUCAAGACAUUUACUUUUCCCAGUUAUUUUUUUUUUAACUCUGAGGAGAGCCAGAAGUUGCCUAGAGCCAGAUUCAAUGAGUAUGGUAGAUGAGAACAUACUAUGUGUUUUCAAGCCUGCCUUUCCAUUGAUUGAACUCAACAAGCUCACACUUGCCAGACUGGUGCUUGUGUCACUGAGCUAAAUCCCCAGCCCAAAAGUGGACUUUUAGAACUGCUUCAGAAAGCAGGGAGGACAAGAGAAGAGAAGACAUCUGAUUUACUGCAAUAAUAUUUUUUAAUUUAAACAUUUGCUGCAUAUUUUGAUAAACCCUUGUGUACACUAGCCGUGACGAUGCUGGCUGUCCAUGUGUGCCAGAUCCCAAAUGGACUCUGCCCUCACCUUCCACCAGAGACUUGGGGGUGUGCGUUUACUCUGGCCACAAGUAGAACUGAGAGCUGGUGUACAAAGUUGGAGGUGGGGGUAGAAGGUCACACAGGGACCAUGGAAUACAUGUGUCCUCUUGCUUAACCAUCUCCUGGAACUGCUCCAUCUUGAAAGUCUGAACUUCAAUCACUUUAUACUCUGCUGCCACUUCACCAGGCUUUCUCACUGAGUCACCUUCCCUGUACCUGUCCUAGCCUAUCCCCAACACCUCACUCUUUCCCCUGAUCUAUGCUGUCAUAUUUUCCUCCUUAAGCUUCCUAGUACCUGAAAUUCCAUGAUUCAUCUCUUGAAUUGCUUACCCGGCAAUAUCACAAAUUCUGUCUCUCCUAGUCCCAUUAGUCCAGCAUGGAUGCAUCAAUAGUAGUGGGUGAGACAGCAGAGGCUGACUAGAGGGAGAAGCAAUUUGAACCAAGGGCUAUAGAUACAAGCAGGUAUGGUAUGCUGUAAAGAAAAUAUAUGUGAAGCUAUAUAGUACAGUCAAAUAAAAACAAUAAUAUUGAAGUUAAA